AGUGUCUGGCUCUCAAGUCAUUUCUCCUUCCAACCCGGCAGAGAGACGAUGAUGAAAAGCGUUCUUCGGCUGGCCUGGUUGCUUUCCCUGGCGAAGGCCGAUAUUCCAAGCGCUUUGGCAAAAGAUGCCGAGUGCCACUCCGGCGAGUGCGCCUUGAACGCGCUCCAGCGAAAGGGCCAGGCGACGUACGAGCACCUGGCAGCAUUGGAGGAUGAGGAAGCUUCCAACUCUUCUUUCCCGACGUACGGCUACCACCACUGGAGCACCACCACCAUGUACGGAGACGCGCCCAGAGCUGCCUGCGGAGGUAUUGACACCGGGAGACUGGUUAGCGGCACGCCCUACCACAACGUGGCUUCGGCGCAGUCCAUGUGGCUGAACUGUGGGGGCACCGGCAGCUGCUGGUGCGGCAAGUCAGGUGGAGGCGAUGGAACCACUGGAUUGGGCUGCAUCAGCUGCGCCAAGGGCCGGUUUUUGAGGAGCGCCUAUGGCAAGAGGGGCAAGGCCUUGUACGCGCUCCAGGAGGAAGCCGAGACGGAGCUGGAGGCGGACAAGGCGGAUGAGACAGAUGUCUUCGCAUCGGAGGAACUCAUCGUCGUGGUUGGGGAUCUCUGCCCCAGCGCAGGGAAUGAGGACUGGUGCCCACCCAGACGGGGACAACGGAACGCCUACGGCUCCUUCAACCACCUGGACUUCUCGCACUAUCCCAAGAGCAUCCCGCACCACCAUUCCAUCCCCAACCUCAACUUUGUCUUCAGCCGCAUCGAGUGCCCUCACGACCUGCAGCAGCGCUACUGGUCGAUGUCCCAAUGCAGGUGAAGCAGAUGAGUUUGCCAGACUAGGGAUGCUGAGAGCUCUGUUUUCAGUGAUUUCUGUGGGAGAGCUGUUGAGGGGCCAC